GGAGGGUCCUUGACGGAGAAAAUUGGCCAGCCCACCAGGACUCCCUCUGGGCUCCACGGUUUUCCUUUUUGGAUUCAGAGCAAGGGGGUGGCGGUGGAAGGACAGGGCAUUUCCCACAACGCUUCGGGGGGAGCAGGUUGCAAGAUCCGAACGCGGCUGGGGCCGGCUGACAUUUGGGGACGACGCCAAUCCUGCCUUUUGUCCCUCUGCAACACCAUUUCUCAAGUCUAUUUUUUAGUUUUUAAAUUUCAGAGGCGUCUCCUUCUGGGGGAGCGGAAACUCUCUUUGACCUUCAGGAUUUAGCCAGUAGAAUUUUUCCCCCCCUAACCAUUGGAGAGAUGUUUAUUUGUCAUUUUAUCGCUGGGCUGGCCAGCUAAAAAAAGUAGGGCUUUUGAACGGAAGUGGGGAUCUGCUCGAUCUAAGGGCGGCUGGACAAGACGGGGCACUGAUCCGCCGAGAGGACGGAGGCUGAAAAGCAGAGUUAAACCAUGUCUGGUGGGAUCUUCACCCCCUUGGAAAACCUGUGCGAGCUCGACAACGCCCACUGCCACCCGCUGGUGUGCUUCCUCUGCCACGAGCCCUACGAGCACCCUUGCCUCUUGGAUUGCUACCACAACUUCUGCGCCAGCUGCCUGCGGGGCCGAGCCAUCGAGAGCCGCCUGACGUGCCCCCUGUGCGGCCACCAGUCCGUCGUGAAGGGCAACGGGCUCCCUCCGGAAGACCAGCUGCUCAAAUUCCUGGUGGACAGCUCUGGGGACGCCGAAGAAGCCGUUCUGUGUCCCACCGGCAACCAACAAAGCAACAGCGAGGACCCCAGGGAUCCCCUGGACGCCAUGUGCUUCUGCAACACCUGCAACCAGCCGCUGUGCGCCAAGUGCCGCGAGGAGACCCACAAGGCGCGGAUGUUCGCCCGCCACGAGAUCGUCUCGCUGAGCAAACGCGCGAAGGAGGUCCACAAGAAAUGCUCCCUUCAUGAAGAACUUUACAUCAUGUUCUCGACAGAGAAAAAGUCCAUGCUGUGUAUUAACUGUUUUCGGGAUAUGCCUGUGGAGAGCAGAGCUCACUGCAUCGAUAUUGAGACAGCAUACCUGCGAGGCUGUGAGAAAUUAGACCAAGCCGUGAUGGCAGUGAAGGAGCUGCAGACCUCCACCCGGGAAGCCAUCGUGCUGCUCAAAGCCCUGAUCGAGGAAGUCCGAAACAGUGCGGACGAAGAGGAGAUGGCCAUCAAUUCUCUCUUCAGCAGCAUGCAGGAGAAACUGGCCGAGAGGAAGAAGGUGCUCCUUAAAGUGGUGCAGAGCCAGUACGAAGAAAAAGAGAAAGCUUUUAAGGAGCAGCUAGCUCGCCAGGCUUCCUUACUCCCCACACUCCAGGUGCACCUGGUGACCUGUUCGGCGUUUCUCAGCUCUGCAAACAAGGCGGAGUUCCUGGAUUUGGGCUACCAACUGAUGGAGCGCCUGCAAAGGAUUGUCAAGCAGCCCCAUCGGUUGAAGCCGUCGCAAACCAGCAAGAUCAACAGUGAAUACCGGGCUGAGUUUGCACACUGCCUGGAGCCGCUGCUGCUGCUGACCCCGCGCCGGUCCGUGGUGGGGACUCCAGGAACCAUGGGGCCCGGCAUGAGUAACAGCAACAUGAUGUCUGGGGGUCCCUCCUCCAAGACCCUCCUCGUGCCAAGCUGCCCUUCUUCCCGCGAAAAGAUGUCCGUGGCCGGAUCGCCCGUGCGGAAGGCCACCAUGCAUCGCUACAUCACCACCAAGGUCCUGCUGGCCGAAGGCAGAGACACGCCCUUUGCUGGCCACUGCCGCGACUACGAGAAUAUGUAUCGGGCACUUCAGACCGAGAUUCAGAGCUUGAAAGACCAGGUGCAGGAACUCCAUCGGGACCUCACCAAACAUCAUUCCCUGAUCAGGACCGAGAUCAUGAGUGAAAUCUUGCAGAAGUCCCUCCAGAUGGAUGUGCAAAUUGCUUCCGAGUAUUCCUCCGUGGAAAUGAAGCGGAGCGAGUUUGAAGAGACCUGGGAGGAGACCUACCAGCGGGUGGCCAACGAACAAGAGAUUUACGAAGCCCAGCUCCACGACCUGCUGCAGCUCAGACAGGAGAACAGCUACCUGACCACCAUCACCAAGCAGAUUGCCCCCUACGUCCGCUCGAUUGCCAGAGUCAAGGAACGGCUGGAGCCGAGGUUCCAGGAGUGGAAAGAGAAAGCAGAUCAGCCGGAGAGCCUGCUGAAAAUCCACGAUGACUACACCCUCCUGGCUGACAUCCAGCCCAGCAGCAGCAGCAGCAGCAGCAGCAGCAGCAGCAGCAGCAGCAAAGACUGGGAACUCAAAACGGAGAACCAGAUCCUCGGCCCAGCGGCCCAGGACCCCCAGCCGAAAAGCGCAGAGGUCUUCAAAAACAAGCAGAAAAUCAGGGCCGAGCCCCCCGCCGAGCCAGCGGGAGCCCCUCCGAGUCUAACCAAGGAAGGAGAUCAGGCGGCGCAGCUCCUCUUGCACUGAGUGCGCAAAACGUUCCUUCUUUUUUAAAGAACGAAUCUCCCGCUGCCACGCCAGCGCCUACUCAGAACACGCAUGGAUUCUGCGCCAAGGUGGGGUUUCACGCCUAAAUUGCGUGCAAACACGCAGGGUUUUCUUCUUUUUUUGGCAUGGUGCUUCCACCGUGGAUGGACAGAACCGUUCCUUCGACUUUAGCUGCGACGGCCUGCCUGCUUUGUCAUCUGGAUGGAUCCGAAGUGUGGGCGUUAAUUCCCAUUAGCUCAUGAUCGGUUCUCAAAACAGUUAGAUGGAAGUUAGAGCUGAAAUCUGUAAACAGUGCAGGGAACAUGCUUGUGUGUUACUGGGAACUAAAGACUAAAAACCACCAUUAGCGCAAAAGGUUGCCCGUUGGCCCCCUGUAUGAGUCACUGCUUUCUUGGCCUGGCUUCCCACAUCAAUCUCUUUAGGCCCGGCGUCUUUUUGGCCAGGUUUCUAAAAACCGAGCCACCUGCUGCUUAGUGACCUUCUGGGGAGUCUCCCCUCCCAUCUCUGCAUGAGUCCUCGUUCUGGGCUCCCCUGGUUCCAGCCAGACUUUGGGUUUCUCCCCGAUGCGUUUCGCACCUGGGCCAGGCACACAGGAGACUGUGUGGGUGUGUGUGAUGGUGUGGGUUUGUUACGAAAGCUGGAAGAGUUUGGAAAGUUCAUAAUGAGUCCCUGUUCACAGGCAAACAGCCUCAUUUUUUUCCCCAGCAGAUUUUUUUACUGGCCAAGUUACAAAUGAAUGGGAAGCCUGUAAUACUGCUAGUUAUUUCUAACAGCCUCUUAGCAUUUAACAAAGAUCUAACCUAUACGAGGAAAAAGCACCCCCCCCCAACGAAGAGGCAAACACACCAGACAGAAACACAUUUAAAAUUACUCUUGAACAAACAAGACCCCCACCCACCACAAACUGCCCUUCCGAUCCAGUUUUUCUUUCUUCAAUCAUGUAUCUUUUUUUUUAUUAUAUUAUCGCUGUUGGGAUGAUUUGGGAGAGGAAGAAAACGUACCGUCAACAUUUUUGGCAGAGAGGGAAGACGUAAAAAAUACUUGCUUUAUUACACUUUUAAAAAAUAAAACAGCACAGAACCGCCUUGCCGUUUGAAUUGGCCUUGGCUGACUGGUUGAAAGGGAGCAGGAAGUUAAAAAUAAAAAAAAAUCCAUUUCUCUGGUUGAGGUAAUAGAGCCCAACGUCCCCAAAGACACCCCCCAAAAUCGCGACUUCCAACCCAUAUGCGUGACCAGUCUUUAAAAAAAAAAAAAAAAUUAUAAAACUAUCAGCCUGGGUCAUCUCAGCUCUGCUUCAAGAAAAGGUGACACCGAUGGGAGUCAAUUUGCACAACUGUCCCUUGCUUUAAAACAAUUUGAACUGACAUCUGCACACCCUGGAGAAUGCGCGCAUCUGAGAUUUCAACAGGCUUUGCGUCUGCCACACCUCCCGACCGUGCCUUGGGGAAAAAGCGAUGCUUAAAAAGUAAGUGAGGCCUCUUGAUGGGUUCUUUGCAGCCCGCCAAGGGCUUUGGGGAAAACAGCGGUGGGUUUAAUUCUGCAGAUGGAUCAGAUGCGUGGACCCCCCCUCUGCUCGCUCAGAAGUUGGAUCGGUGAAACGGGAAAGGCGUUUUUCCCCAGCGCAGAUUCCACAGCGAAUCUUUAAACCUCAGGACUGGAGAUCCCUGUGGAUUGGGGGGUUGCAAAUUUCUCAGGGCCACGCUAGGGAAUUCAUAGGUUCAGCACGAGGCCAUCGGGGAGAUGUUUCAAGAGCGCGUUUGCAGUGCGCCGCGGAUUAAGCGGAGCUCGUCAGAAAGUCUCCAGCCUGUAGAUCUUGGUCUUAAGGUCUCUCACCAGCCCUACCCUCGUUCUGCUGCUAAAAUUAAACCAGCCUUGCGUUCAGAUUAAAGUAUUAA